UUCCCUUCUUUUUUCAAAUUUGGAAUAUCGAUUUUUAAUGAAUUUUUAUUGAUUGAAAUUAUUAAUCGGUCAAGUUUUGAUCUCUCAACUAAAGUCGUCAAUCGAAAACAGUUUGAAACCGAAACACGAUUACCGCUUCUCUGAAUUGCCUGCAGUACUACGCCGGCAUACAGAGAGAGGGGAUGGGUCUCAAAAUCGGAGGGGAAGUGGAGAAGGUGAACGGGAAGGAGCUGACCUACGCCGAAUUUGUCGAAAAAUAUCUCGACAGAAACCAGCCGAUAAUCCUAACCGGGCUCACCGAUGAUUGGCGGGCCUGCAGAGACUGGGUUUCCGGCGACGGCAAGCCCAAUCUCCGGUUUUUCUCCGACCAAUUCGGCAGCUCCAGAGUUCAGGUUGCGGAUUGUGCUACGAGGGAAUUCUCUGAUCAAAAGAGGUUGGAAAUGUCGGUUUCCGAAUUCAUCCAGCUUUGGAUCAGUAGCUCGAGCUCUGAUAAUGGCGCCGCUGAUGGAAAGCCGUUGCUGUAUUUGAAGGAUUGGCAUUUUGAGUACCCGGAUUAUGUUGCCUAUAGCACACCUGUUUUUUUCCUCGAUGAUUGGCUGAAUCUAUAUCUUGAUAAACAUCAUAUGCAUGUUGAUCCUGAGAGUUACCAAGAAAGGAAUGAAGUGAAUUGCUCUGACUAUCGUUUCGUGUAUAUGGGAGCAAAAGGUACAUGGACUCCCCUUCAUGCCGAUGUGUUCAGAUCAUAUAGUUGGUCAGCAAACGUAUGCGGCAGGAAACAGUGGUAUUUUCUGUCUCCGAGUCAACAUCACCUUGUGUUCGACAGAUAUAUGAAGUCUUCUGUCUAUAAUAUCUUUGAAGAUGUUUGCAAAUCAAAGUACCCCAAAUUUGAAGAGGCAGUCUGGUUGGAAUGCACUCAGGAACGACAUGAAAUUAUCUUCUGGUACCAUCAAGUUCAUAAUCUGGAGGAUACUAUAUCAAUCAAUCACAACUGGUUCAAUGGUUACAACAUUUCUUGGGUGUGGGAUUUGCUUUUGAGAGAAUAUCACGAGGCUGCUGGAUACAUUGAAGACCUCAAGGAAUGCGAUGAGUUUGAGGAGCUUUGUCACAGAAAUCUCGCAGCUAAUGCAUGUAUAUUCUUCCGAAACAAUACAUAUCUUUUAUAAAUGGCAUAAUCAAUUAUCGCUGUCCGGUUUAUCUCAACCGAUGCCUACAGCUCUACUACUACUAGGGAAGCCAAUGUGUUGAGAUUCCUGAUUUUUUUUCGAAUCCCAUUGCUACUUGAGUUUAUCACUGCUGAGAUCAGUGAUGAUUGCUAGUUACAAGUAUUACGUUACGAAUGGGAAUUGGCACGAAUUCUAAAAUUGCUACA